ACUCCAUUUAUAUCUCGUGCUGUCAGCUGUCAGCUGUCGUCUUCAUUCUUUGUAAUUUGGCGUGUACUACUAUCCAAAACAGUUUUUCGUCUAAUUUAUCAACUUAAAUUAUUCGCAAAUAUACGUUAGAGUGUAAUAAAACAAUAAUUUAACGUAUAGUAUAUAAGUGCGUUGUGCACAAGAGAAGGAGCACAAUUAUACGGAGUAUCGUAAAAUUGGCCAUGACUGCAGAGGUUGAGGAUGACAUUUAUGCAGGGUACAAUGAUUAUCCGUCGGUGUAUAAUAUCAAGGAUCUCGAGGAGGAUGAAUUAUUUCAGGAGGUUAUCAAGACAAGUUAUGGGAAAAGAUCAAUAUUUACUCCAAAAACACCAGGCACUGCAAUGCGUCUUGGAACAUCAAGUCGAUUUCAAAGAAGUGGCACUACUACGUCAAUGCAACCUAUGGCCAGUGGGCUUAGACCUAUGACAGCGGUGAGAAGUGCCGGAUAUACCAGCAGUCAACAGGCUUUCGAUCCUCUUAACAUGGGGACCAAUUCCAAAGUUCCCACGGCUGCAUUAGAAAUUAACAAAGAAGACACACCAGAGGAGAAGAUAAAAACAACGGAACGAAAAAUAAUGGGUUUGAUCGAAACUUCUGCACAGGCCGCCUCAGAAAAUAACAUGAAGAUUGCUUUGGAACGCGCUCGUGAAGCUUCCUCAAGGGAAAGAGCCCUUAUACGAUUGCAGGAACAAGCUGGUCUCAGUGACAAUCACAAUAUAGACUUAACAUUUGCUGUACUAUUCAACUUAGCAAUUCAGUACACAAACAACGAAAUGUAUACAGAGGCUAUAGCAACUUAUCAGGCCAUAACGAGGAAUAGGAUGUUUAGUAACAGCGCUCGACUCAAAGUGAAUAUGGGUAAUAUUUAUGUAAAAAUGGGACAACUAUCUCAGGCUAUAAAAAUGUACAGAAUGGCGUUUGAUCAAGCUCCGACAGCCCACAAGGAUCUAAGAAUAAAGAUUAUGCAUAACAUGGGAAUGUUAUUCGUGCAAAUGGGACGAUUAGAAGAAGCUGCUAAUAGCUUUGAAUGGGUGAUGAGAGAGAGAUCUGAAUUUAAAGCCGGGUUGCAUGCUGUUUUAUGUCAUUUUGCGUUAUCUCAUCGUGAUAAGAUGAAAAGAGCUUUUUUAGAGUUACUAGAAGUACAACUUAAUGUAGAUCAGGAGGACAAGUAUAGCAUAAAUCCCGAUGAUGCGGCAUCUAAUCUAUUAAAUGAAGUUAUAAAGAAUGACGAUUUAUCAAAAUUGGAAAAAGAAAUGAAGUUGGAAGCUGAGAAAACUAUACUUUGCGCGGCAAAGCUUAUAGCACCUGUUAUUGAAGAUACACUUACAAUUGGAUAUGCUUGGUGUGUUGACGCCAUAAAGUCCUCGGCAUAUAGUGCUUUGGCUGCAGAUUUAGAAAUAAACAAAGCUAUGGUAUUUUUGCAUAAUCGAGAAACACAAUUAGCCAUAGAUACGUUAAAAAUGUUUGAAAAUCGUGACACUAAAGCUAAUAGUGCGGCAGCAACUAUGCUUUCGUUCAUUUACUAUCUUCAAGGAGAUUAUGAUCAAGCUGAAAGAUAUGGUGAAGCUGCUCGUAACGCUGAUGCUUACAAUGCAGCGGCCUACGUUAAUUUAUCCGCUUGUGCAAUCAAAAAAGAUGAACUGAACAUUGCUAGGGAGCUAUUAUUGUGUGCGUUAGAGACAGAUGCUAGUCACGUACAAGCCCUGUAUAAUUUAGGUCUGGUUUAUAAGAAAGAGAACAUGUUUGAAGAGGCCUUGGAAUGUUUCUGGAAAAUUCGAAAUAUUGUCAGACAUGAUCCACAAACGUUAUAUCACAUUGGUCAUCUAUAUCAAUUGAUGAGCGAUAUUGACCAAGCAUCUGAAUGGUAUAAUCAGUUGUUAGGUAUAAUACCAUCUGACCCUGGUAUUUUACAAAAAUUGGGAGAAAUGUAUGAUUCAAUAGGAGAUAAACAGCAGGCAUUUCACUUUUAUAAUGAUUCCCACAGAUUUUAUCCUGCUAAUUUUGAAGUAAUAGACUGGAUUGGAUCCUAUUUCAUAUCAAUGCAGAUUGCUGAGAAAGCAUUGACUUAUUUUGAAAAGGCUGUAGAACUUGCGCCAGAUGAAGCAAGAUGGAGAUUAUUAGUCGCCGCAUGUUUAAGACGCACUGGGCAAUUUCAUAAAGCUCUCGCAGAGUAUCAAGAUAUUCAUAAUAAAUUUCCGGAUAAUAUAGAAUGUCUGAAAUUUUUAAUCAGGCUUUGCAGCGACCUAGGUUUGAAAGAAGCACAAACGUAUGCGGCUGAAUUAAAGAAAGCUGAAAAAGCUAAAGAACUAAAAGAUAGACAAGGUUCAGCAAGACCAGGAACAACAGGUUCUAGGAAGAGUAACAGUGGGACAUCCUCGCGAGCUGGCUCGGGAUUGAGUAUAAUGUCAGAUCAUAGACCAAGUCCGGAUCGACGACCAAUUUCAGGUCGAAAUGAUUAUCAAGGUAUGAAUUAUGUAGAUCCUGUAGGACCUCUUCCUACUCGCCCUAUGACGGCAGCUGGAAAGCGAGAUGAUGAUUUUGGGGAUGAAGAACUCGGGGAUGAUCUCCUGCCUGAGUAAUAACAUCAUACUUAUCACGUAGUUAUAAACUUGUAUAGAUUUUUGAUAUUUCCUGAUCACAAUCGUAGAAACGUUUAGAUGUAUGUAAAUUAUAUUGUACGUAAUUAUGUCGACACAAGUGAUUUUUACAUUAAUAGUUAAACCACAUAGUUCAUAACAAAAAUGUUCAAAAUUGCGAUUACUAGAAAUCAAAAAGUUUGUUACAGAAAGCAAAUUGUAUUAAUUAAUUUUCACUUUAUUUGCAUCUUAAAAGUUUUGAAAAACAUGUACUUUCUUUAAUACUAUAGUUUGUGACAUAUUUUAUUAUAACAAUGUGCAACUAUAUAUUUAAUUAUUGUAAUUUUAUAAUAUUACACAAUAUUUUUGGCACAUUAAUGUUAGCAGUUAUAUUUAAUACUAGUUAAGUGCCAUGCGUGUAUGAGUUUUAUUAUAACCGUCGAAUAAAGUAUCGCUCAUAAAAGGGUUAUUCAUCUAAGUUUGUAGCAUAUAUAUGUAUUCAUUGUAGUUCUAUUAAUACAUUGAAGAUUUUAAUGAGA